GUGCAGCUGAAAUCAGUGACGUGGAUUUUCAUUCAGAAUCCGAGUAUCCGCUAAACACCCACUAUCGUCGUCAUACAUUUCUCAAUCCAAAACCCUUUGGAUUUACACAUUUUCAACAAUUUGAGACCAAUUUGAUUCAAAGCACAAAGCAGAAAAAAAAACAGGUAGACAAAAUGAGUAAAAAUAACAAAGUAUUGAAUUUGAAAGAUAAAAUUAGCGAUAAUGAGAUGGAUUUGAGUCUCUGCGACCUGACUGAGGUGCCCGUCAAAGAGCUGGCUUUAUUCACCAAAGCAACAAAAUUGGACUUGUCUUGCAACAACCUCACCUCUCUGCCGCUAGAGUUUUGCAACCUGACCCACUUGGUGAAGCUGGACCUGAGUAAAAACCAGCUGACCUGUUUGCCAGAUGGCCUUGGGAACCUAACCGGUCUGCAACACUUGGAUUUGUACAACAACAAACUGAGCACCCUCCCCGUCAGCUUCUCUCAGCUGAAGAGUUUGAAGUGGUUGGACCUGAAGGACAAUCCCUUGGAAGUCAACCUCGCCAAGGCGGCGGGAGAUUGUCUGGAUGAGAAGCAGUGCAAACAAUGUGCCAGCAGGGUACUCAAGCACAUGCAGGUACUUCAGGAAGAGGCUGACCGGGCACGAGAAAAGCGACUUUUGAGGGAAAAAGAGCUGGAAAAGAAGCGAGAGGCCAAAAAGCGGGAACGCGAGGCUCGGGAGAAGGAGGCACGGAAGCGGGAGAAGGCUGAGGAGAAGGAGAAGCGGCGGAAGGAGUACAAUGCUCAGGUGGCUGCCGCAGCCGCCGCUCAGGAGGUGGAGCAAAGGAAGAAGGAAGAAAAAAAGAACAACAACAAGAAAAAGAAUGGACAGACAUCAGAGAAAAAGACCCCGGCAGCGGUAAAGUCCAAGCCUAUCCGCUCUCCGGUCAGCUUGGUCUUCAAGAUCUUCAAGAUCUUCCUGCUUCUUCUGCUCGGCGUGGCUGCGAGCGUCGCCGUUUGCCGUCUCACGGAGCUGCGGCAGGAGAGCGUGUGCGUGCCGUUGGAUGUCGCCCUAGACCGGGGCCUGGACUGGGCCCGCCAGCAAGAGGGUGUGAUACGCCGGCUCCUCGGCGACUUUUCUACAGCUAUCAAGGCAUUCCUGGAAUCGAGGCAAACGUCUAAAAGCUAAAAAAAAAAAAAAAAAAGAAGAAGGGGGGAUUUGAAAGCUGCUUCUCAUUCGUGUGGACAGACAAACGGGGGGAGGGGCACACGUGUGAAAAUUCCUAUGGAAUUGUUGUCGCUCUUUGUACAACCGCCUGUUUUUAAAAAGCGUCUUUGUCUUCUCGCGCCACUUAGCGGCGUUCAUUCCGUCAUGAAAUAAACGUGCUGAUUCAAAGCUUUUUGUCUGACGAAAUCACGCGACAGUCUCCUGUCUUUGGUCGCGGGCCGCCCGGUAAUCCCGUUCGGUCACGUGACCCAGGUGCAGCAGGAGCCUUCGGCGAAGCGAAUCAUCCACCGGCGCUUCCAAGGUGACUUCCUUGAACACCUGGCACACAGACAUCUGUGGGACGUACACACAAAGAUUUAACACCACCAAUUAAAAAAUAUAUGUAUAAUAUUAAUAUACCACUUUAAUAUUCUCAAUUCAUUUUUUACCUUUUGGAAGUGAAGUUUCUCAAACAUGGCAAUACUGAUCACAUUAUCCAGGCCAAUUUUUACUUGAAACUUGCUGAUGCCGAGUUUGGUGACACCUGGUGGGAAAAAAAACGCAUUCGUGACAAUUUUUUUUUUUU